AUGAGCGCAUCGAUGACGACCACGACGGCGGCCGCUCAGCAGGACGACGAUGACGCCGCUGUAGGCAUCGCACCGGCCACAACAGGGCCUGUCGUCGAUAUGGAGGUAUUCAGGCAGUUGUUGGAGAUCGUGAGUAUCGGUGUAUCUGAUGUGGCCCCGGUGCUGUGACGUGUUCGAGAGGGCUGGUAGAUGGGGAGAACACCGAGGAGGCAAGCAAAAAAUGACGUAACCCGCGGCGUACAACUAGGGCGACAACUAGGGCGACGACUAGGGCGAUGAGCGACCGUAGUCAAAACCUAUCUCGAAGCUGCCAAGUCGAAUGCUGGCUACAAGUGAAGCCAUCGUGUCCGGCGUGCUAUCACGGACGCGGGUGCCGCGCAUCCAUUACCGGCGCAAGGGGCCUCCUCCUGUACACCGUGGCUGCUCGGCCGAAUGCAGUGCUGACAUUGUUGCUUCCGUCACUUGGGCCUUUGUUUGGCUCUACAUCGGUCAAACUCACUAUCGCACGUUCUACUCUGGGCAAAUCGCAGGACGACGACGAGGAGCAUGACUUUAGCAAAACGCUCGCGAUAGACUACAUUGGACAGGCCGAGACCACCUUUACCGAGAUCGAGGAAGCACUGUACGUUCAAACUGCCCGUUUCUAGUUGACCUACCUGUUGCUGAGUCGACGCUCUACUUCCGACGCUUCGGUGCUGAUUUUCUCGUGCUUCGCCCAACGCAGGGACGCCAAGGACCUCGACGCGUUGUCGCGCAAAGGGCAUUUCCUCAAAGGCUCGUCCGCCGCAUUGGGACUGCACCAUGUCCAACACUCGUGCGAGUUGAUGCAGCACUACGGCAAGUGCAAGGACGGCUCGGGCGAAGGCGCGGACCUGACCGAAGAGGUCGCCCUGCGGAAGUGCCGCGCUCUGUUGAAGCGGCUGCGCAUCGAACAGGACGAGGCCAAGGCAUGGCUGGAGAACUUUUACAAGGUCUAG